AUGGUCGCCCUGUUCGCGGCCUCGCUCGCCUUCACCCUCCCCCGGCCGCCGCCGCUGGGUGCUCGGCCGCCGUCUCGGCUGUGCCUUUCUGCCACCGACGUCGCCUCGGCCUCUGCCCUUCUGGCCGCAUACGACGAGGGCCACAGGGCCACGGCGGCGCAGCCCGGCAGCGAGGGCCUCGGCGGCGCCAUCAGUGCCAAUGCGUGGGCGGCCGAGCAGCCGCCAGCUCCGCUGGGCGAGGCCGUGCGCGCGCUGCUGGCCGCCGCCAAGCCCGGGGAUGGCAGGAUCAUGCUCGGCUUCUGUGCUGACGACGCUGCGAGCGGCGUUGCGGCGCUCAAGGCGUGGGUGACUUCGCUCGGGCUCCCAAAGGGCACGCUGCACGGGAUGGACCGCGACGGUGUGCCGCUGGACAUGUCAACCUUUGGCUCCGUCUACAUCAAGUACUCGUCCCACUCGCUGAGCGCCGGCGACCCGCCCGGCACCGCGAUCCUCUCCGGCUACGGGGGCGACUUCAGAGGAGUCUACUUCAACCCGCAGCUGCCCGACGGACUCUUCCGCCAGUACGCGGUGCUGCCCCUCUCACAUUUCCCCCUCGCGCCAGC